UCUUUAAAACUGCUGAACUCUACGGUAAUUUUGGCGAGUCUUCGUACAAUGACGGAUUACUGGUGCGAGUUCAUUUAAAAUGGCUGUGUUUUUUUUCAGUGUGGGCUUGAAUCUGUUACUGCACGUCAUUUUGAUUUUAGCGAUGAAGAUUUGCUAGCUACAUUAUUUUACAAGAAUCGGAAACUCAAGAUUUUGUAUAUAUAUAGCGCUGCAUUUUCAGCUAAAUGUUUUUCAUACUUAAAUCACGAAGCCGUCGAAAAAUUAAACUUGGAUUCAAAUGCUAUAUAUUCAAUCGAUCUUCUAGAAAACGAAAUAAAGAAGUUUAAGAAUUUACAAAGUUUCAUAUUUGAAAUGGAUGACACAUUUGAAUUUAUUGCUGUAGGAGUAGAUAAUGAAACAGAUUCUUUUAGUCCAACGAAUCCAAAAACACGGAUGAGAAACAAGCUUUAGCAAUCCGCCACACUUAAUUGCACGAAAUUGAUAAAACUAAAAAUUUCCGAUUUUAAAGGCAUUACCGAUGUUAGAUUCACUUGGAUUACCAAUUUACAGCAACUUGAGAAACUUAUCUUGUAUGAAAAUAACAUUUCUGACAAAGUAUUAAGUGAUUUAAAGACCUUAAAAUAUUUAUCUUGUGGCAGGUGUCCACUUAUGAAAAAUGGCGGUCUUAUGAAUUUGAUUAUGAUUUCUGAAAAUAUCAGAACAAUAGACAUAACUAAAUGUCAAGCUGUCCACCCCGAGGGUUUGAUUGAGUCGAUUAAAAAAUCUAUAAGUUGUGCUCUAGAAGUACACAUUUCCUCAGACAUUGAGGGCUUAGUGUUAAAAAAUUUUAGAAUACAUUUAUUGAAAUGGACGAAACUAACGUUUCGCAUGCACUUAGCAUAGACGACUUAAACGAUGAUUGUUUAAUACACAUUUUCACGUUUCUUUGUAUUCCUGAUAGACUGCGGAUUGAAAGAGUAAGCAAACGUUGGCAAUCGUUAGCUCAACUAUCGUGGCAAAAGUUAAAAAAGCUUACGCUGGACAAUUCUUUCCACGAAGAAGUACAUGACAUAGAUGAAGAUUCACAUACAGAUGCUGAUGUCAAAGCUUUACAAAAAAUAUUGCAACUGUGUGGGACAUAUUUAAUCAGCAUUGAAUUUGAUCACGACUGCAUAAGAUCGAGUCAAUCUGUAUUGUCUAAUCUUCAUACACUGUGUCUGAAUGUUAAACAUAUCAAACUAUCAGAGUUUUGCAAACUUUCAACAAUAAAAGCUGUGGUGCAUAACAAUCACGUGCUAUUUAUGGAAUUAUUCGAUAAGAAUCAGUAACUUAGUAGUUUGACUAUAGAUGACUACGACAUACAAGUUAAUUCUCUUUCACAUCUAAAUCACGAAGCCAUAGAGAAAUUAUGUUUGCGUCGGAAUGAGAUAGAUUCAACUAUGCUUUUACUAAAUGAAAUAAAGAAGUUUAAGAACUUGCGUGCCUUUAAAUACGAAGAAGAUUGGGAUUCUCGUGACUUGUACGCUACACAUGCAAUCCUAGAAGCAAUUCAUUCCGAUGCACUGAAAUCUUUGACCAUAGAUGUCACUUUUGAAGACAUCUUCACGCGGCAAGAGCACGAUCGUCUUCAUAUAAGCCGAUUUAAGAAUUUAGAAGAACUUAUAAUUACUGUUAACAAUUCUGAAAGCAUGUAUUUUAAUGAUAAGACUUUAGAAGCUAUUGCUCGGAGUUGCGCAAAACUGACAAAACUACAGAUUUUUGGUGCCACAAGUAUUACCGAUGUUGGAUUCAUUUGGGUUUCCAAGUUACCGAUUGAGAGCCUCAGCUUGUCUACCGUCAGCAUUUCUGGCAAAGUUUUAAGCCAUAUGAAGAGCUUGAAUGAGUUAUAUUGUUAUGGUUGUCAUAAUAUAAAUAACGAGAAUCUUACGCCAUUAUUAGAAACUUCUCUUAACAUCAAAAAAAUAGAAUUUUGGUAUUGCCAAGCUAUAAAUGCAGAGAGUUUGAUUGAUACACUUAAGAAAUCUCCAAGUCAUUAUCUAAAAGUAUAUACUUGCUCAAUAAUCGGAGGCAAUAAAGAUUUCAUUGAAUCUUCUCACUUCAGGAAAGUAGACAAUGAAUUAAGCAUAAAAAUCACACGCGCGUGCCUUAGUCCCGGCAAUUAUGGUGGUUCACUAUGUGACGACACUUAUUGCUCUAUCUGUAGCAAGCAGCAAUCCAUUUAUUACAUAGAAUGAAUAUGCCUCCGAAUAAAUGUUAUUUAUUUCUUAAUUUUCCUUCGUUUGUCAAAUAAUUCAUUAUCUCCUCUUGUAUAGAAUUUUAGCUAAAAGCUAAAAGAUACCUACUCUCAGAUAAACACUUUGAUUUACUUUUUGUUUUAUAACUAUUAUUAUAAGCAUCACAAUGAUUUUUUUUUUGUAAAAAGUCGCUGUAAAAAGUGAACUUGCUAUCUGUAUGUUUAGCGCAUCAGCCUCCGACGCACAAAAGAUUUGAAACAUUGCGCAUAUCAAAAAAAAUUUGUCUUGUUCCGUUUCCGUACCGUAUUUUUGACAAAAGCUGUUAUCAUCUAAUUAUAAGUUAUCGCGCACUUUCCAUUAUGUUUAUUUUUCUCUAAAUUCUUUGUCUUAUGCUAGAAAGCCAUUACGAAAUAAUAUUAUAAUUUAGGUGCUCAUCGUACUAAAUAUUUAUUUAAAAUA